UACAAUACAGAAGAGGAACCAGAAACACUUCUUUGUUACGCGUUUCAAACACUCUUGAGGCACUUUCACGCCAGCUACACAACCAUGUGGCCAUCACAGCUACUUGUCUUCAUGAUGCUCUUAGCACCAAUAGUUCAUGGUGCCAAGCACAAUGAGCGACAUCCAGCCCUCGCUGCUCCACUGCGACACGCUGAGCGCAGCCCCGGAGGCGCGCUACCACCUAGACAUCUCCUUCAGCAGCCAGCCGCAGAGCGCGCCACUGCUCACCGUGGACAAGGGCCCCGUGGAGCUACCAGAGGAGUUCGUGGUCCAGGUGCCCAAGGAGCCCAGAUCCCAGCCCAAGCUUUCAGCCGCGCCCCUAUCCCAAUGGCUGUGGUCCGCAGAGAGCUCUCCUGUGAGAGUUACCCCAUAGAGCUGCGCUGUCCAGGGACAGAUGUCAUCAUGAUUGAAAGUGCCAACUACGGGAGGACUGAUGAUAAAAUCUGUGACUCGGACCCUGCUCAGAUGGAGAAUAUACGAUGCUAUCUGCCAGAUGCCUAUAAGAUUAUGUCUCAAAGGUGCAAUAACAGAACCCAGUGUGCAGUCGUGGCAGGUCCUGAUGUUUUUCCAGACCCGUGCCCAGGAACCUAUAAAUACCUUGAAGUGCAGUAUGAAUGUGUCCCUUACAUUUUUCUUUGUCCUGGACUGCUGAAAGGAGUAUACCAGAGUGAACAUUUGUUUGAGUCCGACCACCAGUCUGGGGCAUGGUGCAAAGACCCUCUGCAAGCUUCUGACAAGAUUUAUUAUAUGCCCUGGACACCUUACAGGACUGAUACCCUGACUGAGUACUCAUCCAAGGAUGACUUCAUUGCUGGAAGGCCAACGACAACCUACAAGCUCCCUCACAGGGUGGAUGGCACAGGAUUUGUAGUGUAUGAUGGAGCUUUGUUCUUCAACAAAGAGCGUACCAGGAACAUAGUAAAGUUUGAUUUGCGGACUAGGAUAAAGAGUGGAGAGGCUAUCAUAGCAAAUGCCAAUUACCAUGAUACCUCCCCUUACCGAUGGGGAGGCAAAUCUGACAUAGACCUGGCAGUGGAUGAGAAUGGGCUAUGGGUCAUCUAUGCAACAGAACAAAACAAUGGUAAAAUUGUCAUUAGUCAAUUGAACCCUUACACCCUACGGAUUGAAGGGACAUGGGAUACGGCGUAUGAUAAAAGGUCAGCUUCCAAUGCCUUUAUGAUUUGUGGGAUUCUGUAUGUGGUCAAAUCUGUCUAUGAGGAUGAUGACAACGAGGCCACAGGGAAUAAGAUAGACUAUAUUUACAACACCGACCAAAGUAAGGACAGUGUGGUGGAUGUACCCUUUCCCAAUUCAUACCAAUACAUAGCAGCUGUGGAUUACAACCCCAGGGACAACCUUCUUUACGUAUGGAAUAACUAUCACGUCGUGAAAUAUUCUUUGGAUUUUGGACCUCUGGAUAGUAGAUCAGGACAGGCACAUCAUGGACAGGUAUCGUACAUCUCUCCACCAGUUCACCUUGACUCUGAGCUAGAAAGACCUCCUGUUCGAGGACCGCUUGGCAUGGGGAGCACCACCACCAGUACCACCCUUCGGACCACAGCUUGGAGCUCAGGCAGGAGUACCACCCCAUCGGUGUCAGGAAGAAGAAACCGGAGCACCAGCACCCCAUCUCCAGCUGUUGAAGUGCUUGAUGACAUUACCACACACCUUCCCUCAGCAUCAUCCCAAAUCCCAGCUCAGGAAGAGAGCUGUGAGGCCGUGGAAGCCCGAGAAAUCAUGUGGUUUAAGACCCGCCAAGGACAGAUGGCAAAGCAGCCGUGCCCCACUGGAACUAUAGGAGUAUCAACUUAUUUGUGUCUGGCUCCUGAUGGAAUCUGGGAUCCCCAAGGACCAGAUCUGAGCAACUGUUCUUCUCCUUGGGUCAACCAUAUAACACAGAAGUUGAAAUCUGGAGAGACAGCUGCCAACAUUGCUAGAGAGCUGGCUGAACAAACAAGGAAUCAUUUGAAUGCCGGAGACAUCACCUACUCUGUCCGUGCCAUGGAUCAGCUGGUAGGCCUCCUGGAUGUACAGCUCCGGAACUUGACUCCAGGUGGAAAAGACAGCGCUGCGCGCAGCUUGAACAAGCUUCAGAAAAGAGAGCGCUCUUGCAGAGCCUAUGUCCAGGCAAUGGUCGAGACAGUUAACAACCUCCUUCAGCCACAAGCCUUGAAUGCGUGGAGGGACCUGACUACAAGUGAUCAACUCCGGGCAGCCACCAUGUUGCUGGACACUGUGGAGGAGAGUGCUUUUGUGCUGGCCGAUAACCUUUUGAAGACCGACAUUGUCAGGGAGAACACUGACAAUAUUCAGUUGGAAGUUGCAAGGCUGAGCACAGAAGGGAACUUAGAAGACUUAAAAUUUCCGGAAACCAUGGCUCAUGGGAGCACUAUCCAGCUUUCUGCAAAUACUUUAAAGCAAAAUGGCCGAAAUGGAGAGAUCAGAGUGGCCUUUGUUCUAUAUAACAACUUGGGUCCUUAUUUGUCCACGGAGAAUGCCAGCAUGAAGUUGGGAACAGAAGCUAUGUCCACCAAUCAUUCUGUUAUCGUCAAUUCCCCUGUUAUUACAGCAGCAAUUAACAAGGAAUUCAGUAAUAAAGUUUAUUUGGCUGAUCCUGUAGUGUUCACUGUUAAACAUAUUAAGCAGUCCGAGGAAAAUUUCAACCCAAACUGUUCAUUUUGGAGCUAUUCCAAGCGCACAAUGACGGGUUAUUGGUCAACUCAAGGCUGUCGGCUUCUGACAACAAAUAAGACACAUACUACAUGCUCUUGUAACCACCUAACCAAUUUUGCAGUACUGAUGGCACAUGUAGAAGUUAAGCACAGUGAUGCAGUCCAUGAUCUUCUUCUGGAUGUGAUCACAUGGGUUGGAAUUUUGCUGUCCCUUGUUUGUCUCCUGAUUUGCAUCUUCACAUUUUGCUUUUUCCGCGGGCUCCAAAGUGACCGUAACACCAUCCACAAGAACCUCUGCAUCAGCCUCUUUGUAGCAGAACUGCUUUUUCUGAUUGGGAUCAACCGAACUGACCAGCCAAUCGCCUGUGCGGUCUUUGCUGCUCUCUUACAUUUCUUCUUCCUGGCCGCCUUCACCUGGAUGUUCCUGGAGGGCGUGCAGCUCUAUAUCAUGCUGGUGGAGGUGUUUGAGAGUGAACAUUCACGCAGGAAAUAUUUUUACCUGGUCGGCUAUGGGAUGCCUGCGCUCAUCGUGGCGGUGUCGGCUGCGGUAGACUACAGGAGCUACGGGACAGAUAAAGUAUGUUGGCUCAGACUUGACACCUACUUCAUUUGGAGUUUUAUAGGACCAGCGACCUUGAUAAUUAUGCUUAAUGUAAUCUUCCUUGGGAUUGCUUUAUAUAAAAUGUUUCAUCAUACUGCCAUUCUGAAACCUGAAUCGGGCUGUCUUGAUAACAUCAACUAUGAGGAUAACAGACCCUUCAUCAAGUCAUGGGUUAUAGGUGCAAUAGCUCUUCUCUGCCUGUUAGGAUUGACCUGGGCCUUUGGACUCAUGUAUAUUAAUGAAAGCACAGUCAUCAUGGCAUAUCUCUUCACCAUUUUCAAUUCUCUACAGGGAAUGUUUAUAUUCAUUUUCCAUUGUGUUCUACAAAAGAAGGUAAGAAAAGAGUACGGGAAAUGCCUGCGGACACAUUGCUGUAGUGGCAAAAGUACAGAGAGUUCCAUUGGCUCAGGGAAAACAUCUGGUUCUCGAACUCCAGGACGCUACUCCACAGGCUCACAGAGCCGAAUCCGUAGAAUGUGGAACGACACAGUCCGAAAGCAGUCAGAGUCUUCCUUCAUUACUGGGGAUAUCAACAGUUCAGCGUCACUCAACAGAGGAGCCAUGGCUAAUCAUCUUAUAAGCAAUGCUCUGCUUCGUCCGCAUGGUACUAACAAUCCCUAUAAUACAUUGCUUGGGGAACCGGCGGUCUGUAACAACCCUUCUGUCAGCAUGUACAACGCACAAGAGGGGCUUCUGAACAAUGCCAGGGAUACAAGUGUCAUGGAUACUCUACCACUGAAUGGUAACCAUGGCAAUAGUUACAGCAUUGCCAGCGGCGAAUACCUGAGCAACUGUGUGCAAAUCAUAGACCGAGGCUAUAACCACAAUGAGACCGCCCUAGAGAAAAAGAUUCUAAAGGAACUCACUUCCAACUAUAUACCUUCCUACCUGAACAACCACGAGCGCUCCUGCGAACAGAACAGGAACCUGAUGAACAAGCUGGUGAAUAACCUCGGCAGUGGGAGUGAAGAUGAUGCCAUUGUCCUGGAUGACGCCACUUCCUUUAACCACGAGGAGAGUUUGGGUCUGGAACUCAUUCAUGAGGAAUCUGAUGCUCCCUUACUGCCCCCAAGAAUUUACUCCACAGAGAACCACCAGCCACACCAUUACACCAGAAGGCGGAUCCCCCAAGACCACAGUGAAAGCUUUUUCCCUUUGCUAACCAACGAGCACACAGAAGAUCUCCAGUCACCCCAUAGGGACUCUCGCUACACCAGCAUGCCGGCGCUGGCUGGUGUGCCUGCCGCAGAGAGUGUUACCACCAGCACCCAGACCGAACCCCCACCGGCCAAAUGUGGUGAUGCCGAAGAUGUUUACUACAAAAGCAUGCCAAACCUAGGCUCCAGAAACCACAUCCAUCAGCUGCACACCUACUACCAGCUAGGUCGCGGUAGCAGUGAUGGAUUUAUAGUUCCUCCAAACAAAGAUGGAACCCCUCCAGAAGGAAGUUCAAAAGGACCUGCUCAUUUGGUCACAAGUCUAUAGAAGAUGAAAAAGAAAUUUAAAUCGACAAAACUGCUAACACCUGGUUGACUGUUCUGAGUUGCUAUAAGCAGUGGUAAAAUGUGUGUACUCCUAAAUCUUUAUGCUAUUCUUGAAUGACAAACACGAACUCUCAGACUUCUUUUUUUUUUUUUCAACUGGGAUUUUUAGGUCAGCCCAGGGGAGAAAGAUAACUGCUGAAAUUCCCCUGCGCCCUAUCCUUUCCUGUCCUUUCCCCCCUCAGAUGGAGACUUCAUUAUGUUAAUGAACGAGAUAUGAAGAAAAUGGCGCUCAUUGUGGCCUUGUUGAAUUAUGUUGUGUUUGUUCUAACAUCUCUGAUGCUCUGUUACUAUAAUUACAAGGACCUGAUUUUUUAAAAGGCCAGAAGAGUUGUUUGAAAUUAGUAACAAUGCUGCAUCUAGAUUGGAGUGCUGCACAAACAUAAAAGCAAAGCAAAACUGUAUCACAUAGUGGUUUUUAGUCACUCACAGCCUGAAUUCAUCACAGCGAUAAUAGCUGUGGUAUACAAAAUAAAACAACAAAAUUAAUAACAAAAUGGAGGGGAAUUCUAGGAUUAUAUGCUAAAUGCAUAUUUUAUGAUUUGCUGUAUUAACUGAUGAUAAAACUAAUGGCAGAAAAAACACGAACAAUUUCUAUGUAAUGUACAGAUACUAGCAUUGCACAUAUAGUCUGCUUUCUGUUCCUCCAGAAUUUGAGUCCUGUUAAUGUAGUGCAAAAACAGAAAAAGAGAGAGAUUUUCUUUUUUCUUUUGUGCUGGUCUUGCAAGUUUGUCUACCAGUAAGAGAGCAAAGUUUUCUUCCUUUCUUUUUUGU